UGCUACGAAGAUUUAAAAAAAAACAUUAACUAACUGUAUAGUAUGCAUUGCAUUAUUUUAUUUACAAUUUUGAUCCUUUUGAAUAGCCUUCCUUGUUCCUGGACCUCUUAGUGAACGAAAUUCAUGAAGGGUCAAUUGCUCAAGAGUCAGGGCUCCUGCUAAACUGCGAAUUCACUCACAAGAACAUUACAUUUGCAUAUCAUCAAUGUUUUUAAUAGAAAAUAUUCCUGUGCCACAGAAUUCGGUGGUGGUAAAAAAAAUCUCGUUGGAUUGAAGCGGGAUCUGAGCUAAAUUGUAGUACAACUUUUUUUGUUUGUUGUUUGUGUCUUGUGUGACGAAUUUGUUUGUACAAUUUCUGCCUUCACUUUGACUGACUGACGACACGAUGUCACCAGGGAAGAAUUUUGUAGACGAGACGUCGAAGCUAUCAUCCGGGGAACACGACGCGUCCCUCGUAGCACCAAAAGUGCACUACCUCCCCUUCAAAGUAGAGUUUCAAGGUCCUGCAAAAAUUAGUGCCAGAUUUACUCAGAAUGUAACUCCGCAUCCGGAGCUUGCAUCAGUAUCGUGUAAUUACUUCCGUGGAAGACCGCUAGUAGGAACCAAGCUGGAUCUGGCCUCGGACUAUGUUGCAUUUCUGGCGGAAGAGGAACCUCUACAACAACAUUCUAAAUUGCAACGUAAAGUGGAGACGGAAUGUGAUAAUGAUGCUGAGACGACGCCUGCUGCUGCUGCUGGACAGCCGAUCCAUCUGCGACAACGGUUUAAGGACGUGACCUACUGGGAGUGGGACAAGGUACCCUCAUCAAUGGACAGCACUGCUAAAUUGCAGGAUUGGCUCAAGUUGGCGAGUGUGCUUCACGAGCCGAUCAAGAACUGAUUCAAGUUUUUAAGUUACUUAUGUCUAUCGGGUUGAUGCUCAGUCAGCGGAGGAAUUGAGGAACAACUAUGGUUUUUAUUUCAUCCUUUUAUACAAAUUUCAAGAAGCAGCUUAUUCGUAUGUAAUAAUAUUAUUCUUAUUAUAAAAUAAAUGUACGACGAAUCGGAAUAGAAAA